AUGAAAAUGAAUUUUUUACCUCAUCAAGAUGCUACCAAUGACGAAAUUGUAAAGUGGAUUAAGAUGAUAACUAAGGAAAAAUUUAAUGAAACGGUGCGCAGGAAGAUUAGAUACAGUGGUGAAAUAAAAAAGCAGACAUGGAAAAUAGUUUCCCACAAUAUAUAUAAAGCUGUAAAAGAUUCCGCAGAAGUGAAGUUAUUCAUUGAAGACAUUGCUGAUGCAAUUAAACAUCGUGCAGAAUAUUCUGAUUUUGAUUGGAUUCAUUGGUCUGUAACAGGUGGAAAUUUGAUCAACACUCACAAAUUGCUGCAGUAUGGGGAUAAUACUAAACUUGUGCCGUCAAAAUAUUUUGAAAGUUUAUGCCGCAAAACUUCGCCACACAAAUCUUUUUUUGUGCGUAUUCAUGCUUUACGAGAGUUGUUAUCUGUUAAUUUGCCGGACAGUAUAUCAUUUGAAAGCUGGCCCACUCUUCAAAGCAAUUUACAGCACAGCCUUAGCCAGAAGAGCCAAGAAGAAUUCACAUUAAGCUUAAAAGUGCAUGCCAGAAUAAUGUCGUCCCCGUCGUUGGCGUUUGUGAAGGAAUGUUAUAUAAAUCUUGUAGAAAGCUUACGUUUGUACUAUAUAGAUGCUGCAAUCGGCACCACCCCAUCUUUUGUACAAGGAUUGAAUUUUUCAAAUCCUGUGCAUAACAAAUUGAUAAAACUGGUACAUUUUAUACUUGCAAUGUCCAACGAAAUGCCUAAGAGUUGGGCACGCUUCAAAAACAGUUGGAUAGAAGAAAUCAUUAAUGCAUUUAUGAUUUUGAUCACCAUGCAUAUACACACAACAACAGGGGAUACAUUAAUUUAUCCAUUUCAUGUAAUUGCUGCUCUUGAUCCAAGAGCUAUUUGGUGUUUCCAUUGGCUGCAUGGCACUCUUGGAAGAAAUAUUUUCUUCAGUUUUCAGUCAAAAGUGUCUGCAUUUUUAAAAUUUGUGUCAGGUUCAAUACUUCAGUAUUUAAAGCACCCAACAUAUUCAUGUCACAGUGCUGAUUUUAACAAUAAGCUCACCUCUUCUGCGAUUAAGGAAGGAAUAUUUAUUCAUUCUGUCAGUAUUUUAGGUAUUAUGGCAUGCUAUAAAAGAGGAGACAGUUUUAUUCUUGAUUAUUUCAGUGAGCAGACAGGAGUAGUGCCAUUGCAGCAUAUCCUAAUUGCCCUUAUAACAUCUUUAAAUGCACACUCGUGUAGUAUUCCACUGGAAAGAGUAAUUACAGAAACUGUGAUAAAAAUAUUUCACAACAGGGGUGACAAGUACAUAAAUGAGUCAACAGUAAGGUGUUUACUGGAACCACUUAAUACAUUAAAUUGUGAGACAAUGUUACCAGAGAACACUAUAAGAAUCUUACAUUCCAUCACUGCAGAUGAGCGUUCCCUGCACUAUUUACUACACAGUACAGUAGAGUGUCGAAAAUCGGUUGGUACACUUGAGGCAGUUUCAAAACGUGCAGUGGAGGCUCCAAUUGAUGAACCAGUUCAGAACUUGAUAAUGAAUUAUGUAGUUUCAAGACUUGAAAGACAUGGAAAAGAAACCACAGGAUUGUUAAGCAUGCUCCUGGAAACAUGUGUAGCAUUAAUGCCCGUCUCAUUUGGUUGUACGAUACCUUCGUUCACCAGUAAUUUCUUAACAACUGUUAUUGCUUAUUACAAGUUGUCUCAGGCUGGUAUUAAUGAGGGGGAACAAACACAGUUUGGCAAAGAGAUUGGACAAAACAACUGUACCUGAGAUCAAUGAAGGAAAAUACUGUGGAAAGAUUGAAAAUGUCAGACAAAAGUGAAAAUCAUAA